GGCGCGCCUGCGAGCGGCUCGCUGCAAUGGCAAAGCGCAAGCCUUGGGAGGAGGCUGGGUUCCGCUGCCCCUACCUCGACACUAUCAACCGGCUCGUCCUCGACUUCGACUUCGAGAAGGCCUGCUCGGUGUCUGGCAACAACUUCAACGUCUAUGCGUGCCUGGUCUGCGGCAAGUACUUUCAGGGCCGCGGCAAGCACACGCAGUGCUACACGCACGCACUCCAAGAGGCGCACCACGUCUACAUGAACCUGGGCGACGGGCGCGUGUACUGCCUCCCCGACGGGUACGAGGUCAUCGACUCCUCCCUCAAGGACAUCCAGGACAUGCUCGACCCGUCCUUCACGCCCGAGGCGGUCUCGACUCUCGACAGCGUCCCGGUGUACGCGCGCGGCGUGGACGGGUCGGACUACAUGCCCGGCCUGAUCGGCCUCAACAACAUCAAGGGCACCGACUCGGUCAACGUGGUCGUCCAGUCCCUCGCGCGCGUCCCGCCGCUGCGCGACUUUUUCCUCCUCCCCUCAAACUACGCGCACCUGCGCUCUCCGCUCGUGGCAGAGUUUGGGGCCCUGGUGCGCAAGAUCUGGUCGCCGCACAACUUCAAGGGCCAGGUCUCGCCCCACGAGCUGCUGCAAGCCAUCAUGUCCGCCUCUGCCAACCGCUUUAAGAUUGGCGAGCAGUGCGACCCGAUGGACUUCCUUGCGUGGCUCCUCAACUCGCUGCACACGGCGCUCGGCGGCACUCGCAAGGCUGGCUCGUCGAUCAUCCACCGCACCUUCCAGGGCUCGGUCAAGGUGACCACACUCAAGGCUCGUGGCGAGGGCGAGGAGGAGGCGGAGGAGGAGGAGGCGACGGCGAGGGAGCUUCCCUUCCUCUACCUCACCGUCGACGUGCCGCCCGCGCCGCUCUUCAAGGACGCGCUCGAGCGUAACAUCAUCCCGCAGGUGCCGUUGUUUGCGUGCCUCGCAAAGUUUGACGGCCAGACGCCGCAGGAGAUGAUGAAUGGGGACAAGCGGCGGUACAUCAUCACGAGGCUGCCGCGGUACCUCAUCGUGCACAUCAAGCGCUUCUCAAAGAACACGCAGCACUUCCUCGAGAAGAACCCGACCAUCGUCAACUUCCCGGUUCGCAACCUCGACCUCUCCAACUACGUCGAGAUGAGCGAGGAGGAGCGUGCCGCGGGCGCAAGCCACAAGUACCACCUCAUGUCUUCGAUCCAGCACGACGGCCCCCCCGACACCGGCGCCUACCGCGCCUUCGUGCACUUCAAGGCAAACGACUCGUGGUACGAGAUGCAGGACUUGCACUGCAACGGCGUGCACCCGCAGCUCAUCUCCGUCUCGGAGUCGUACAUCCAAUUCUAUGACGCCGCCGCCGCGUGAAGGCGUGAGCUGCUGUGAGUCGCACAGCAAGAGCUUUGGCGGAGUGGCGGGCGGGUUGAAGGGGGGUUCGCGUAUCCCUUGGCAGUCGGUGCUGCGCGCGUACAGUAUUUAGCCCUCGGUACUACAAUAAAAAA